GGAAAAUGAGGAACUGAUGAACCGAGAAAUGGUUGGGGAGGCUGAAAUGGAGAAGGAGCUAGAGAAAGAAAUAGCAGCAGACAAUAAGCCUUCCAAUAUCAGUACUGAAUCUACUGAUGUUUCUAGAACGGCUCGAAACAUGCAUCCUGAUUUGUACAUGGCUGCAAAACGUGGGGACAUUGAUUUCAUCAAACAGCUGAAAGCUGAAGAUAUCGAGCGUCCUAUUUCCUACCAAGAAACUCCCAGAUCGAAUACAAUUCUUCAUAUUGCUAUAAGCUCAGGUCACUAUCAGCUUGUGGAAGCGAUCCGUCAAAGCCACUAUGAACUUGAGCUGAGAAUUAACUCUGCUGGUGAUAUUCCUCUCCAUGUAGCUACAAGUGGUGGGCAUUUGGAUUUGGUAAAAAAAAUGGCCGGUACUGAGUUACCAAAGGUGAAGAAUAACGAGGGGAAUACUCCCCUUCACUUGGCCUUGAUAAACAAAUACAAAGUGGAUUUUAACUUGGUUUUGAAAAGUAGGUACAGUGAGAUGGCUGAUUUCUUGGUUGAGCAAGAACCAGAAGUGUCAUAUUAUCUGAAUGAGGAACACAAAUCUCCUCUAUAUAUGGCAGCCGAAGCAAGGGAUGUAAAACUAGUAAAGCUCAUGAUUGAAAAAGCAAAUAUAAGUCAGAUGCCAUCUGAGGAAGUCCAAUUAAUUGCUCACGCUGCCAUCACUGGGAAGAACAUAGGUGUCUUGGAGAGUGUUUUGAGCAGACAUCCAGAACUCAUCAAAGAGAAAGACAACAAAGGGAUGACACCUCUUUCCUAUGCAGCAUCCAUAGGAUACCUUGAAGGUGUUGGCUACUUGUUAAACAAAUCUACAUAUUGCAAAUAUGAAAGUGACCAGAAUGGUUCUUUUCCAAUUCACACAGCAUCCAGUAGAGGACAUAUCAAGGUAAUUCAAGAGUUUCUCCAGCGAUGUCCAGAUUCGGUUGAGUUGCUCAACCAUCAAGGUCGAAAUAUUUUGCAUGUAGCUGCUAUGAAUGGGAAGGCCAAAGUGGUAAACUAUAUCCUUGAAAAGCCUGAGUUGGAAAUGCUCAUCAAUGAAAAAGACAAGGAUGGAAACACCUCUUUACAUUUGGCGUCCAAUACUAAGCAUCCUAAGGUCGUGAGCAUUCUGACAUGGGACAAAAGGGUUGACUUAAAGUUGUUGAACAACGAAGGCAAGACAGCUCUCGACGUUGCAGGAAAGUACAGCGGGAAGGUGCCCUCAUUUCGAGAGCGAUUGACACGGCUAGCCUUGAGAUACGCCGGUGCCCCACAUGCUGCUCGUCCAAGCACCACCAGGGAGAACCCUCCAAGUUCAAAUCCAGGGGAGCCAUCUAACCUGGACAAGAAUAAGGACGCCGUGAAGGAGAACUUACAAAGCUCAAAGCCAAGGGAAGCACCCAACAUGGACAAUUACAAGGAUAGGGUCAACACUCUAUUGUUGGUUGCAACACUUGUGGCCACUGUAACGUUUGCUGCAGGUUUCACUGUGCCAGGCGGCAACGAUGACUCUGAUCCACACAAAGGCAUGGCAAAAUUUCUACAACACCACUUGUUCCAAGCAUUCAUUAUCAGCAACACCAUAGCUAUGUAUAGUUCUGUUACUGUUGUUGUUGCACUCAUCUGGGCACAAUUAGGUGAUCUUAACUUGGUUAUUGCUUCCCUUAAGUUUGCCGUGCCAAUAUUGGGACUAGCUCUUAUUAUGGUCUCCUCAUCAUUCAUGAUUGGUAGUUAUUUAAUGGUGAGAGGCCUCAACUGGCUUGCUUAUGUCGUUUUGAUCAUUGGAUCAUUCUUCAUCCUCAUCCUCACGAUACUAUUUUUGCCACUUUGUUUACCAAGUUCCUUGUCCCAUCCCAUUUUUCGCUACAUUGUCUACUACCCAUUUUCCCUUUUAAUAAUAGUUACUAAGAGUAACGCUAAUGAUAGGGAAGAAAAAUAAUUUCCUUAAUUUCUGCAUUUUGUAUUGUAUAUUGUGUGCUAUAUAUUGCUGAACUCUGGUCAUUUAAUAGUGUGUGUAUUGUUACAAGUGUUUUAUUAAGGAGUCUCACUGUACUAUUAAGAACUCUGUAUUGAUUCUUAAGGAAGCUUGUAUUCUUACUUUAUUGUAUUGACUCUUAAGGGAGCUUGUACUCUUAUUUUAUCAAUGCAUUUUGAGUGAAAUUUUCUUGA